GCAGACGUCUACAACACAUGACCACAUGAGCGACCUCAGCAUAGCAAGAUGGAUGAAAUCGCGCCGAAUAGUACGUACGUAGUGAGCUCUGAAUAGUACUUGCGACGAGUUUGUUCAAAGUCGGCGCGCUUCGUGUGCACUUGUUUACGUCCGUGUGUUCUGUACAGUGUACCUACUAAGGAUAAUUACCGUUGUUUGAGAACAGAAGCGUUGUGCAACAGCGGUGUGGCGGCAGCGGGCAGCGUUGUUUGGGGAUGCCGCACUUCACCGUCUGGCUAUUCGCGGACGUUCCUUUUCCAAACGACACCUUUCGUUGACCUGGAAUGCGAGCGCGUUGUUUGGGUAUUGCGCAUGAAGAACGGGGUGCCCUUGGCGUAGUAGUGCAUAUUGCAUAGUGUGAUUGUUGUGAGAGUGCCUGUUACAUGUGACAAACGAUGUCCGUCAAAAGCUUUGACCCCAGCCAAGGGGGUGAGGUGGUGCGAUGUGGAUUGUUGAAAAAGUUCAAAACCUCCCGCAAGAAGUGGUUCGUGCUGAGGGCCGAGACGCCCGAGUCCUCGGCCAGGCUCGAAUACUACGAUUCAGAAAAGAAGUUCAACAACGGCCUGCCGCCAAAACGCAGCAUCCCGCUCAGGACGUGCUUCAACAUCAACAGGCGCAACGACACCAAAUACAAGCAUGUCAUUGCCCUGUAUACCAAGGAUGACUGUUUCUGCGUCGUGCUGGAGUCCGAGGAAGACCUGGAUGUCUGGCUCAAGGACCUCCUCUCCCUGCAGCACGGAGAGGAGGCCGUGGACGGCGAGACCCCCAGACCUACCUUCGAGCACGUGUGGCAAGUCACCCUCCUAAACCGGGGCCUUGGUACAAACCGGAUAGGACCCUACCGAUUGUGUCUCACAGAUAAAACGUUAACUCUGAUAAAAAAGGACGAGAACGGCGUACUUGACUUGCAGCUGACCAACAUCCGAAGCUGCGGUAGUUUGAGGAAUUACUUUUUCCUAGAGGUUGGAAGAUCUAGCCAUCUUGGAGCUGGCGAACUAUGGAUGGACUCAGACGACCCCAACAUUGCUCAAAAUAUCCACACCACAAUUUUCCAUGCUAUGACUACCAAUACAAAAAAGGAAGAAUUAGAACCAAGAUCAAGAGUGCGAUCGUCUUCUGCUACAGAAUCCUCCAAACCUAACAAUGCGGUCAAUAGGACUAGGCAAGGAGCCUCAGGAGUCCAACGGACACAUGUGUUCUCUCAAGAUAAUCCCAAUACCUCCACCACCAUCGAGACCCAGACCCAGGUAGUUCCUGUUUCUAACAACACGGUUACUGCGGCCGCACCACAUUCGAUCGGCGGGGGCGCCACUUGGUCCGGGAAUAUCUGCCACCAACGCACUCAAUCACUGCCCCUCACCGCUCACCCCACCACAAACGCACCCCUCACCGAUAACACCCCCCUACACCCGAGCUCGACGCGAGCCCCCACCACUAGUGCCAAGCGCUCCAACCAAUCCUCGAAGUGUAUUAUGGGUGGUAGGGAGCGUUGCGACAGCAUGCCCUCCCGACCAAGGACCACGAGUGAAGGCACCCAUCCGAUACCCACCUGGAGGCUGAUUACAUCUCACCAUCGUUCCCACGGAAGGGAUAUUUCUCACAGCCCUCCUUCUGGGAGUCCCGUGAGCCCCCCGAGUGUGGGGUGCUCUACGGACUCCACUGGUUCUUCCUAUAGUCUCACCGAUGAGGUUGAUGUCUGUACUGAGUGUCCAGAACCUAUAAGGUACAGCAUGCCUUUGACGCCUGAUGAAGCCAUCGCUGAAGAGGAUUGCCCAGAGAGUCCAUGUGUUUAUCUUCCAGGCAUAUACGAGAGCUAUGUACCGAUGGCACCUCCCAGCUCCGACGACGGUUACGUGGACAUGUCCCCUCGUUGUCCUCACAACGCCACUUCUCCCACCGUCAGCAUGAGCAGUGUCACCUCAGGUACUCCUUCCACCGAUAUACGAUUCUCGGACUAUCCCCUGGACAAGGUUUCGUCUUACUUCGCAUCGGAAGAUGAUGACGCCAGACCUGCCAGAGCUUAUUCUGUGGGAUCUCGUCCGGAGACUUGCCGCAGUAAAAGACACAUAGAACUGGCGGGUACCCCAGAAAAUGCCAGAGUCAGAGCUUUUAGCGUUGGGUCAAAAACAAAAAAGGGACCCACCAGGGUGUUGCCGCCACAUUACCCUCACGCCGGUGCCAAGUCUAGCAGUGCACCUCUUUUGUCGAAUUACAGAACCCAUAGUUCUCAUAGCUCCAUCGGUCCUAUGGAUGACUUAAUGGAGAUGGACUUCUCCAGGUCAAAUACCGGUAGCAGUACCAAUUCCGGGUACAUGGAAAUGAAACCAGGUGUUGCUAAGAUCCCCAGUGGUUAUGUGGAGAUGAAACCUGGCGUUGAUCUUAGGAAUGCUAAAAGUGAUGUUUCUCCCUAUGUGGACAUGAGUGGUUCAUCACCGGCUCGGAAUAAUAUUGCCUCACCCCAAGAAGAAUACAAUUCUUUUGUUGAUAUGAGGCAAUACCACAGAUUGUCAUCCCAUGAACAAGCUAGAAAUAAUAAUUACAUGGAUAUGGACCAGAGGAAGUAUAGAACACACUCGACUUCCUCAAACACGAGAGUGUCGACUUCUCCGAGUUCUUAUCACUGGAAUGACUACAUGGACAUGUCUGGGAAUCAACCAAAGAGAUCCGAAAGGGGUUCCUUCAGUUCUCAGCUCUCCUCAUCACCAAAUGUACCGUCAGUUUCUCCAAAGAAUGGCGAUUACUCGCCUUUAAAUUUAUAUUCUCAAGAUUCAGCAAAACCUAGUGAGAACCAGACUAAAACUCCUGAAGGAUAUGUCGAGAUGACUCCUGGAAGCGUAAAACAUCAGCGCCAAUCUAGUCUGGACAGUACGCAGGUCAUCAGAGGCAAUGAAGAUUACACAAACAUGUCUCUAGGCUUAGGUGCUGCAAAGAAGAAGAUGAUUGCUAAAAAGGAAAAGGCCCGAUCCCAACCAAUUUCAAUCAAUUCCACCACAGCUGGCUCCCAAGUUACCAAAAACUCAUCAAGUCCUAUUUCCGUUUCUUCACUGUUGGGAAGGAAGUCCUCGACUGGUACCCCGCCCAGGAUGCAUUUACCCAUUUCCUCAUGGAGCACCUCUCCAUAUUCCAGCCUUCCAAGACAGAAGCCAAGGAAGGACAGCAACAGCAACUCCAAAGACAGCUCCAGCUCUAGCAUUACUACUCCUAGCAGUUCUAGCACGAUAUUCCCCAUGAGUUUGAACAGUCCCAGUUCCCCAAUGAAACCGCCUAGCAAAACUGAGACCCCUUCCGCCCUGAAACUUCCGGCAGCUCUUUUAAAUGCUAUUUACAAGACUAACAAUAAGUCCGCAGUUGCAAGACCUGCCGCUGAAGACUACACGGUGAUGGACUUUGAAACUAACAAAAAUAAAUCCGUUAAAAUGGACGAUAUUCCUUCGGAUUAUGUUAAUUAUUCACCGGCAGCUAAAACACCGAUCGUUAUUCCUUCCAAGGUGGAACUGAUGGACGAAACACCAGGCGAUUACGCUGUUAUGAAGCCAGGAAUGAUAGAAGCCAGGACGAUGAAUCUGCCUCUUCAGAAUACGAGUUCUAGUGGCAAUACUUCUCCUUUGGUCAUUGACUUGUCUUGCAUCGGGAUCGACGAGACUCAAGCAAAAGUCUUUCGUCCCAUAAAGGAGGAUGUAAGGCUAGGCAGUUCAUCACCAAGACCUGGAGAUGUUGUCCCCACCAAAUUGAGUGAAGACUCCAGGACAACAGGCACCGCCACCGCCCAAGGUGUCGAGUCCCCAUACGAAACGUGGCGUUCGACCGAAUGCGUGUCGCCCGCCGCCAAAAUAUCUCGACCGAAUUCCGUAAACAGCGAUGCCAUCAACAGCACAUCGCCGCGCCCUAACCUAGGUUCGAACGAGAAAUCUCGUCCUUCCUCGGUUGCGUCCGAUACGUCCAAGGGGGCGACGUCACGUCCCAGUUCAACGUCUAGCGAGCUGUGCUCAAGCAGCUCGACUCUCCUCGGUUCUCGUCCCGAAUCGGUCAACUCCGACCAAAUUCGACCGGAUUCGGCUGCCGGUCAGCCGGUCACGGUCAAGACUGACAUUCAGCUGCAUUACGCCAGGCUGGACCUCGCGCAAGCUGAAGAAGAUGGCAGUCGGAGUCCGAGGACGACCAAGAGCAGCCCGGGUGACGCGGCGUCGCAGACACAGUGCGAACCGGCCUUUUUCUACGCCGAAAUAGACUUCAAGAAAAGCGAGGGGUUGAAACACUCCAAUCAGAGUUUACCGAGCAACGCUAAGGUUCAGCAUUAAAUUAGUUUAAUUACAGAUACAGGGUGGUUAGAAAAACAGUGCGUGAUCUGUAUAAAGUUGUAAGAUAUUGUACAUAGCUUUGAGUUUGGAGGAUAUCGUGGGUGAGUGUAUAUAUAUAUGAGUAGGUGUAAUUUGUGUAAUAGGUAACGUGCGGAGGGGCGGUUUGUAUAUCUCUUAGUAAAGUAUUUAGUGGAUGUGUAUAAA